AUGACGAGUGCAACAGACAAGAAGAGACAGACGGUCUACCCGGACAUGGAUCCCCUGCUGAUGGUGUUGCUGUUGGUGUGGAGCUCAGGUGCUCACUGUGAAACCACAGCCAAGGCUGACAUCGUGCUAUUGGUGGACGACUCCGGGAGCAUUGGUCUCCAAAAUUAUAGACUCAUAAGGUCUUUUCUUGCUAGACUAGUCAGCGUCUUCAAUAUCGGCCCAGACAGAGUCCAGAUUGGUCUGGUUCAGUACAAUGAUGACCCAAAGACUGAGUGGCACCUGAACACCCACCAGACCAAAUAUUCCCUGCUGAUGAACACAUACAAUCUGCCAUACAAAGGAGGAGGCACUAAUACAGGACGGGCUCUGGACUACAUCCUCCAUAAAAACUUUAAAUCCAAUGUGGGAAUGCGAGCAGACUCCCAAAAAAUUGCUGUCUUGAUCACUGAUGGAGAGUCCCAGGAUGACAUAUUCCUUCCCUCACAGAACCUGAAGGACGCUGGAAUCGAGGUCUACGCUAUUGGUGACUGA